AUGUCUUUCUCGGACUCCCUCAUCUCCAGAAAAGACAAACUUCUUGACAACUUGAUUGUAAAUAUUGAGGCAAGAUUUGGAGGAGAUUCAAACCUAUUUAAAGCUUCUUCCAUCCUCUCCUUAAAAACAUGGCCUAGAGAUCUGAACUUGGAUAUAGAUUUUGGGGAUGAACACAUGCAUUCAUUACUGCAAAGCUGUGGCCCAGCUCUAAAAGGAACCUGCCCUGACAUACAUCUAGAGAAUAUUGAACACGAGUGGACAAGACUUAAAACAACAUUGGUAUCUAGAAAGCAGGGUAAACCAUCUUCACUGACAGAACUUGAGGAAGCCUUUGGGGAAGAUUUUCCCAAUCUUUUUCUGCUCUUCAACUACCUCCUGACACUGCCCGGGUCUUCUGUUGAGGCAGAAAGAGGGUUUUCCUGUAUGAAAAUUGUAAAAAAUGACUGGAGGUCACGGUUAGGAGAGGACAAUCUGUGUGACCUGAUGCUUGUCACACUGGAGACAGCAGAAGUUGAAGCCUUUGAUCCCCUUCCAGCCAUUAACCUCUGGUAUGGACAGGGCCAGAGAGCCAGACGUCCCUUCUACAAGGAUGAGUUAAAGCGGUGUAACAUUCCAAAGCAGAUGGUAGUGUUGGAUCCACAAACACAGGAACAAAUUUCUGUGGAGGAAGACAUCAGCUAUGAUGAUCAUCACAUUUAUCUUGAUGGACAGCCUUUGGAGAACGUUGAUGAUGUAGGAUCUACAGUUCUUGACAACUCCAGCAGUGAUGAGGAAAGUGAUGAAAUGUCACACAGGGAUUUGAUUGAACUACAGCAAAAAUCCUACAAGAUGUUUUUAGAUGUUAUGAAACAACAGUCAAGUGUUUUCUGA